AUGGGAAGGCUCCGAGGAGGCCGCUGGCGCUCGCGCCCCCGCCGAUGCCAGCCCCGCACACCUGCCGACCGAGCCCCCAUUCCCUGGGCCCUGGAGUCGCCCGCCAUGAUGCCCACACCGCCCUCACAGGUUCGUCAGAACUACCGCCUUGAGUGUGAGGCCGCGCUCAACAGCCACACUGCCCUGGAGUUCCACGCCUCCUUCCAGUGCCUGGCCGUGGCCUUCUACCUCGACCGUGAUGAUGUGGGCUUGAAGCACUUCUACCGCUUCUUCCUGCUCCGCUCUCACGAGCACAGCAAGACAGCCGAGAGCCUGAUGUCCCUGCAGAACCGGCGUGGGGGCCGCGUCUCCUUCCUCGACAUCAGAAAGCCCGAGACCCAGCAGUGGGAGAGCGCACUCCAGGCCAUGCAAGACACCCUGCACCUGGAGAAGAGCGUCAACCAGAGCCUGCUCGACCUGCACAAGCUGGCCACCGACAACAGCGACGCCCACCUGUGCCACUUCCUGGGGACCGGCUACCUGGACCAGCAGGUCAAGUUCAUCAAGGAGCUGGGAGACCAUGUCAGCAACCUGAGCAACGUGGGGUCCCCGGAAGGCAGCCUGGCAGAGUACGUCUUUGACAAGCUCACCUUGGGCGACGGCGACAAGGAGGACUGA